CGCCUGUUCGAUGAGCUGACACACGAAACAAACAAAAGCAUCAACGUAGAUUAAAAAAACAACUACGAAUACAAAAUACACAAGCACUCAGUAUACUUUCUUUUGCAUGCAAAGGAGAAACGAAAAUCUGAUAUGGAGACUCAGAUGAGGCAGCGUGUGUUUACUGGGGUGGUCACUCAGAUGCAGGAGCAUCAUGGGAUUGUGGAUCAGGAUGUUCAUUUUCCAAUGAGUGUUGUGGUUGGUCGUAUGCCUGUCGUGGGUGAAAAAGUGUUGGUGAAAGCAAUCCAGGACUCUCAGAAGCCCAUCAGCUGGACCGCACAGAAAGUUCAGACCCUGAACGGACAGCCCUUUAAAUCUCCCCCUCCGCUGCUGCCUUCCAUGUCAUCCAGUCUGAAGCCGGGAAUUUUAGGGUCCAAACCACAACCUCUGCUGAAAUCCCCCAAAAUACCACCCCUGAUUCCUAGUAUGCAGCCAAAUUCUGGCGGGAUGAUCCAGCUGUCCCAUCACCAGCAGAUGGGCUGGAAUGGGCCGUUUGACGGAUGGGGUGGAGGACGGAAGAGGCACUCAGAGGGGAUGGGAGGACGCAGAGGUGGACGCUGGGAGGACGGUGGCGGAGGGCUGUGGGGAGGAGACAUCAUGCACCAGAAACGGAAGAGAUGGAGGGCCACAUCAGAAGAGGAAGCGCCCAAAAAGAGCAGCUCUGCAGCCACACACAGCGUGCCUCUGUUCUCCUGCUUCUCCAGGGACACCCAGGCCUGUGAUUACCUGGAGCUUCAGCGCCGAUAUCCACACCUGCACAUCCUGUCCAUCCUUUUCCACCUCCAGCUGUCCUGGACGGAGAGUUUCCCUCUAGAUCAGCCACUUCCUCUAAGAGGACCCUGUCUCUUCCACAUAGGACCAAACCAGCCGGAGACUGAAGCUGAUGUUUGCGAGUCUACAGAUGAUGCUUUUGCUGUUAGGGUCCUGUUGUUUUCUAUGCCGUGUCUUGAGGACGUGUAUUCACAGUGCUGUAACCUCUCGAAUGACAGUCAGACGCAGAAGGAGGCCGUUCAUCCCUCCACACUUCUCAAAUUUCUAAUAGUGGACAGUGGAGGUGAACUGCGUCUUCCAGGAGGCCACUGGUCCCCUGCAGCGGACGGAGCCAAUCCAGUAAAGGACAGUUUGACGCUGGUCAACACUGCAGUCCGAUGCUUAAAGGACCAAACUGGACUGGACCUCUCGGCCUGCACACAGUGGUACAAGAUGGCGGAGCUGAGAUAUCUUUCAGGAGAUAAAGUGGAGACUGUCGUGGUCUUAAUGCCAGAUGUGUGGAAUCUAGUGCCAGCAGAGGAAGAAUGGGCGAGCUUACAGCUGGAAGAUGACCUGUCGCUCCCAGAAGCUCCGUCUGUGGUUUUUCACCCAUCAGCUGGACUAAAUCUGUCUGCGGUGUCUCUGUCGUCGCUGCUGGAGCCGCAGACCCUGCAGACCAGGGACAGCUGUGAGGUGAGCUUGAUGGCGGAGAUGUUCAGCGAGAUGCUCCAGAGGGAUUUUGGGCUUCAGCUGUAUCAGUGUCUCUGCAGUCUGCCCCAAAACACCAGCGUCCCACAGACUGAAGCCAAACAGGACAACAGCACUCCCAAGGAGGAGGAGAUCAAAAAGUCAGACAAAAAGACGACGAAGAAUAAAGAAGUGAGUGAUGCAAAGAAAACAGUCAAAGAAGAGAAAGACGCAGAGGACGCCAUGCUGACAGAUGAGACUGAAGCUGCGGAAAAACAGCCUUCGAGAGACGGUAAAGGAGUAGAAGAGCAGAGCAGCAGCGCAGCGGACAAUCAGACCUCCAAACACUGUGAGCGUCCUCCAGGCUGGACAGACGAACUGCCUCGGAAAGUGCUUCUGUCCUGCGUGUUCUUUGACCGGCAGCUGACAGGCAGUCUUCGGGAAGCAGAUCUGGUCAACAUCCUGCUGUCGCUCGGCCUGUUUCUCAGUCCUGCUCAGGCGCAAGAUUUGGUCAGAAAGGCUGCUGUCGGUGGACUUUGCCUCUACAGAAAUCUGUGCAGUCGCUGGUCAGACAGCGCUCCGUCAGACGACAGCACCAUAGCUGAAGGAAAUAAAGCGAUGUUGCCCAGCCAGCCGUGUAAGGACAGAGGGUCGGUCCGUCGCACCAGUAACACCGAUGUGGUGAAUUACAAAGGGAAAGUCGUCAACCUGCCAAACCUGCUGCAGUGUCUGGAAAGUAGCAAAGUGGCGCAGCGGGACCUGGAGAAGAGUGUGUCUGCACUACAAUCCAGACUUGAUGCAGCAGAAGCACUACAGGCCUCAGUGAACAGGAGCUGGCCCCAAAGAAAGAGCUGAGGAGGAAACUGGAGAAAGCUGAGAUGCUCAAUAAAACAUACGAGAAGAGUUUGAGAGAAAACACGGGACAGAUGACCGCUGUCAUUGAGAAGAUGCAGAGGAUGGUCGAACAGACAACGACCCUCACAAAUGCGAAUGCAGGAAAGGAAGAGAAGGUGUGAAGUACCGGAAGCUGAUUGGACAGUGCUGGACUGAGUAGAAUAAAAAGAAACCUGCAAAUUAAAUGAUUCUUUAGCUUUGUUUAUUAAAAUAAACGGGUUAUUUAUUAUUGUUAUUAUUUUGGGGUGUACAAUAGUAGGUGUUUUCAUGCACAUAGAUAAUGGGAAGAACUGUGUCAGUGGGCCUUUGUAAAAGUUUUUAUUCGUUAAAAUGAAACUUUGACUCACUUUAGAAUGUAAAACCAUGUGACGUUUUUUAUAAUGGAAAGCAAACAUUGGGCUUCAUGUAUUUAGCUUUAUUUAAUUUUAUUUAGUUAUGAUUUUUGGCAGCUAUGAAAGCAUAAUCCUUCCACAAAACUGUCAACUCUCAUAAAUGGAUAUGACUGUUUGUAGUG